AUGCAGCCGUCAAUGAAAAUGGAGGAGCAGGACUCGGCGUCCCAUGACCUUGGGGGAGGCGGAGUCCCCCGUUUCCUGCAGCCUGGACCCGUAAGGGAGUUUUUAGCUGGCGAAGCUCCUCAGCGUGUCAAACAGGAACCAGAUGAAGGACCCCAACCGCACUGGGAGACCCAGAGGCCGGAGUUCCCCAAAGCGGUGCAGUAUCCUCAGCCGGGGUGGAGAAACCCUUUUCCGCACAAGCCCCUGCAGUGGGACUCUAACUCUUUCCCGACCUCCUACGAAGAAACAUCCAACGCUAGCCAGUGGCCGGCGGGAGGAUGGGUGCCGCAAACCGUGCCUGGCGGAGAAGCCCAGCCGGUCUACGGCAACCAAGUUCAACGAGAGAGAAGGAACUACGGUGGCAUGAAGGAAGAAGUCCCCAAUGAGGACACCGUGGGCUUGGAGGUGCGGCGGCAGCGCUUCAGGCGGCACCGCUACCAGGAGGCCGAGGGGCCUCGCGAGAUUUGCCGGCAGCUCCAGGAACUUUGCCACCAGUGGCUGAAGCCCGAGAGGCGGACGAAGGAGCAGAUCCUGGAGCUGUUGAUCCUGGAGCAGUUCCUCACCAUCCUACCUCAGGAAAUCCAGAACUGGGUCAGGGAACACAGGCCUAACACCUGUUCCCAAGCGGUGGCCUUGUCGGAAGAUUUCCUCAUGAGGCAGCGGGAGGCCCAGAGAAAAGAACAGGUGAUGUGGUCGUUUGAGGAGGUGGUUGUGAACACCCCCAUGGGCCAGCAGGUGCAGUACCCCACGGCGGCCCAGCAGGUCCAUUACCCCACCGUGGCACUGCCAGUCCAGUAUCCCACCAUGGCACAGCAGACGCAAUAUCCCGCCGUUGCACAGCAGGCCCCCAAUCCUAUCUUGUCCGAUCGACUGCAGUUGGAUGCUGGGAGGACGCUGAUCUGCAGGGAGCCGAUACCGGAAGGUGGGCGGAGUCUACGGCCUUAUGGCCCUAUCCAAGAGUUCCGGAGACCCCUCACCAACGCGGAGAGGAUGCGGAACCGGCGGAUGCGGAACAGGAAGCAGCGCCUGGAGACCAGCAUGCAGCUCGUCGAAUCGGCUUCCCGGGCCCCCUCAAUGCUGCUGGACGCCAUGCGGGGGCUGCACAGGCAGGACCUGAAGGCCUUCGACAGGGCCCGGCAAGAGGAGCGGCAGCACCGGAAGCAGGAGAGGCGGCAGGACAGGGCCACGGCCCAGCUGUUGGUCAGUGCCAUCGAGCGCUCCCACAGCGACCUAGGGGAAUUCUUGGGGAGGCAGACGGUCACCAUGGCGGCCAUUGCAGCCGUAUUUACGGGCCAGAGGUCUUCCCCGCAAGGAUCGUGGGCCCCCCCAGAGUCAGGGUCUGGAACCGCCUUACCACCCGGCCACGUGCCCGGUGUGUCUUCGGAGCCUGUUGCCGGCCCGGUAGCUCCCUGCCCGGUGCUGCCUUUGACUGUCCCCGGCGGCAUUUGUGACCCAGUUCCCGAACCGCCUCCUAUGGACGGACCGAGGGAGGACUCUACCCCAGACUCACCCACGCCUUCAACCUCUGACGCCGCCUCGCGUACCCUCGGCACAAGACAGAACAGAGGAGCAAAAAGGAAGAUGUGGGAAUGA